GCACACUUUCGCCACUGUACGGGGAGAGGGGCACGAAGGCUGCAUGUGUGCAGCGUCGCUCGCGGAUCUCCAAAGACUGAUCUCAGCAUCCCGCCGGCUCCAUCAAAAGCAGCGACGAAACAUCAGCCGCUGCCAGACAUGGAUGAAGGAAUCUCCCGCUUGCCGGAGCGGCAGCUACUGGAGCAUAGGGAUUUUAUAGGGCUGGACUACCCUUCCCUGUACAUGUGCAAACCCAAAAGAGGCGUGAAGAGGGACGAGAGCAAGGAAACCUACAAACUGCCACAUAGACUGAUAGAAAAGAAGAGGCGAGACAGGAUUAACGAAUGCAUUGCCCAGCUGAAGGACUUACUGCCGGAACAUCUGAAAUUGACGACGCUGGGGCACCUGGAGAAAGCGGUGGUGCUGGAAUUGACUUUGAAACACUUGAAAGCAUUAACGGCCUUAACGGAGCAGCAGCACCAGAAGAUCAUCGCUUUGCAGAAUGGGGAGCGGUCCAUGAAGUCUCCCGUGCAGGCCGACCUGGACGCCUUCCACUCGGGCUUUCAGACGUGCGCCAAGGAAGUGCUGCAGUACCUCUCCCGCUUCGAGAGCUGGACCCCCCGCGAACAGCGAUGCGCCCAGCUCCUCGGCCACCUGCACUCCAUCUCCUCUCAGUUCCUCCCCGGCCCCCAGCUCCUCUCCCCGCCGCCGGGCCCCCUCAGCAAGGGAUCCUCCUCCUCUUCUUCCCCGCCCGCCCCCGCCUGCGUGCCGGGCCACAAGCCGGAGGGCCAGGCUAACUGCGUGCCCGUUAUCCAGCGGACUCACGCCGCCGAGCUCAGCGCCGAGACCGACACGGACACGGACAGCGGCUACGGCGGGGAGGGCGAGGGGCGCCCCGAGCGCGGCUCCGCGGCGGCGGCCGGUGGCCCGCUGCCCGCCCUGGCCAUCAAGCAGGAGCCGUCGGGGGACGAGGCGCCCCCUGCGCCCAAGCGCCUGAAGCUGGACCGCGGCGGCAGCCCCCUGCCCGGCCCGCCGGGGCUGGCGGCGCGGAGCGCCGAGGCGGCAGCAGCAGCGGCGGCGGCGGCGCUGGUGAGACCUGACGCCGCCCUGCUGGGCUCGCUGAUGGCCCUGGGGGCGGGCGGCGGCGGGGCCCCCUUCGGACAGCCUGCGGCAGCGGCCCCUUUCUGCCUGCCCUUCUACUUCAUCUCCCCAUCCACCGCCGCCGCCUACAUGCAGCCCUUCCUGGAUAAGGGCAGCCUGGAGAAGUAUCUCUACCCCGCCGCCCCCAUCCCGCUCCUCUACCCGGGCAUCUCGGCCCAGGCGGCCGCCGCCGCGGCCGCCGCCGCCGCUUCCUUCCCCUGCCUCUCCGUGCUCGGCCCCGCCGAGAAGGCGGCCGCCGCCGCCGGGCUGCCCCCAGCGCCCCACCUCCCGCACCCCUUCGCUGCCGCCGCCGGGCUAGCCGCUGCCGAGCCCGGCGAGGAAGCCGACGCCGCCGCCGCCGAGGAGCCCGGCGCCGAGGGCCCGUGAGCCUCCGCCGGCCGGGAAGCCUACCCCCCAGUCCCCCAGCCCCGCCACGGGCUCCCCCCCGCCGCUUCUGUCCUCCCCGCGGACUGGCCACCUCGCCGCCGGGCGGGAAGGGGCCGUCGGGCCGGUACCUGCGCCCCCGGUUUCCUACGGAGGGCAGGGCAGCGUCAGCGAGGGACUGGCCAGGCCAAACCGUGCCGGGGGCUGGCGGGCGCGGCGUGCCGGGAACCGGCCCGGGGAGAGCCUUGCAUCCCGCUGCCGGCGUAGCUGGUCCUGGCGCUGCUCCUGCAGAGGACCAUCACGGAUAAAAUUUGCUACUCAGUAUUUUUUUAAUGUUUGGCUAUAUAAAUGCAUAAAUACGUUAAGGAGAAAAAAAAAAAGGAAGAAAAAAUAGUAAGGAUACUUUUUUUGUUGUUGUUUCUCUCUAUAAGGUAACUUAAAUGUUGCACCUUAUUUAGAAUGGGUUUCUACAGUGUCCCUGAGUCCCACUUGGGAACUUGCACUUCUUGUCCGGGAGAGCUGGAUGGGUUCAGGGCGAGGGGAAGGCUGGGGCAGCCCUCAGCACCAGCGCUAGCACUUUACUGAGAACCAGAGCGCGGAGGGCUGCACCCUGAGCCCAGCCUGCAGUGCCUUGAGCACCCGGGGGUGCCGCGGGCUCCAGCAUGUUUUGGGUGUGCGAGGGAAGGGGGAGGUCAGACCCAUUAUGUAACCUAGUGUUUAUUUUUUUUUUCCGACUAAGGUAUACAGGUGCAGCAAGUGCAUUUGUUCUCACCAUGUCUUUAUUUAUAAAUUCAGUAUGUUCCCAAGACAUUUUUUCCCCUCUCAAGCCUUGCUGUAUAAAAUGAAUGUUUCUGCACUCAACGAUGAAAAAGAAACACCCCCCCAUACCCCAUCCCCAAGAAAACGCAGAGCAACUCAUCAUCCUGAACUCAUUUUCUCCUAAAUUCGGAAUGACCCGAGCUGGAGGCUGUAGGUAAAACACCUCCCCGUGCAAUCGGAAACAAUUAGAGUAGUUGGGGUAAGUUUUCUUGUAGGGGUUCUCCCCUCAUCCCAUGCCCAGAUAUCACCAUUUCCCUUUCUGGAGCCAAACCAGACGACAGAUAAUCACAUAGAUAAAGCUUUUCUAAUAAGGCUUAUACCAAGACCUUGCCUAGAUAUUUUUAGUUUGUUGCCAAGGUAGCACUGUGAGAAAUCUCACUUGAAUGUUACGUCAGAGGUGAGACACAACAGCCUGGCGAGGCGUGAGUACCUACCCGGGGUCUGUCCGUCCCUCCCGUGCAUCUGCUGCUGCUGUUGCUACUGUUUGCCUCAAACGCUGUGUUUAAACAACGUUAAAAAACAAAAAAACAAAAAACAAAAAUACUAGCCUACCGAGUGGCUGUAUGUAAAUAGUUGUUAAUACAUCCAAUUAAUGAUGUCUGACAUGCUAUUUUUGUAGGGAGAAAAUACGUGUUUAAUGAUAUUUAGAGUUAAAUAUCUUUUGGGAGGGUUUGCUGAAGAAGUUGCACUUUUGUUACAAUGCUUAUGCUUGAUACAAGCUUAUGCUGUCUUAAAUUAUUAAAAAACAAAAAUAAAUCCUGUCUGCAAGAAACCAGCUGUUUUAGAACAGUUUAGUACAUGAUAUAUUAGCAAUCAAUCUUUAUAUUCAGUAUUUUCCAGCACUCCAUGAAUUCUAUUAUCUAAAUA